UAUUCGUAUCUUUCUUUUCUUCCUCCUCUAUCGCUCACAAACUUCAACACAGCCAAGGCGUAGAACCAAAGCACACCUCAAAAAAGAAAAAUGGCGGAAGGGCUUGUUCUGCGAGGCACAAUGAGGGCUCACACCGACAUGGUGACGGCCAUCGCCACUCCCAUCGACAAUUCCGAUAUGAUUGUCACCUCUUCCCGUGACAAAUCCAUCAUCUUGUGGCGUCUUACCAAGGAAGAGAAGACCUACGGUGUUCCUCAACGAAGGCUCAAUGGUCACUCUCACUUUGUUCAAGAUGUUGUUCUCUCAUCCGACGGUCAGUUCGCCCUUUCUGGUUCCUGGGACGGCGAACUCCGCCUCUGGGACCUGGCUACCGGUCUUACAUCCCGUCGAUUCGUCGGACAUUCCAAAGAUGUUCUCUCCGUCGCCUUCUCCAUCGACAAUCGCCAGAUCGUCUCGGCCUCUCGUGACCGAACCAUCAAGCUAUGGAAUACUCUCGGUGAGUGCAAGUACACAAUCCAGGACGGAGACGCUCACUCUGACUGGGUUAGCUGCGUUAGAUUCAGUCCUAACACCCUCCAGCCAACUAUUGUUUCGGCGUCUUGGGACAAGACCGUUAAGGUCUGGAACUUGACCAAUUGCAAGUUGAGAGUUACUCUCGCUGGUCACGCUGGUUAUGUUAACACGGUGGCUGUUUCGCCGGAUGGUUCCCUGUGCGCUAGCGGAGGCAAAGACGGAGUGAUUUUGCUAUGGGAUUUGGCUGAGGGUAAGAGGCUUUAUUCAUUGGAUGCCGGAUCGAUUAUUCAUGCUCUUUGUUUCAGCCCCAACAGGUACUGGCUCUGUGCUGCAACUGAGAGCAGUAUUAAGAUCUGGGAUUUGGAGAGCAAAAGCAUUGUUGAGGAUUUGAAAGUCGAUUUGAAAACCGAGGCAGAGAAAACCGAUGACACCCACGCUGCCACUGCCAACAAGAUUAAGGUUAUUUACUGCACAAGUUUGAGCUGGAGCGCGGAUGGGAGCACAUUGUUUGGUGGUUACACAGAUGGGGUGGUCAGAGUUUGGGGAAUUGGUCGUUACUAGAAAUAUCCAUUAUGAUUAUUUGCAGACGCACUUUUUUGUUUCUAUUUUGAGAAGAAGAAACUUGUUAAACCUUAAUCCUUACAAGUAUCAGUGUUUAGAAUUUUCUUUAGGGUUUUGCUGCGAGUGAUGAAUGAAUCAUUUGGUUUUAAUUUAAUGUUGAAGAUGAUUACUUUUGAGGUCAA